GAUCGGCCAUGUUGAAUUUCUUGCAACGCAGGAAAUGUCAGCUGGCGGCUGCCGUAACUUUUCUCUAUAAAACCUGUGAUAGAAGAUUUACUUUUAGGAAUUCAGUUUUUACGUUCGCUAAACUAGUGUAAAAGAUACAUAAUGAUUCGGUUUUGUUAUUAAGUGAAAAUAUGAUAUUGCUGUAUAAAAGGUGGCAUGCGAUUUCUCUUGCAUUUUUAUGGUUUGUGACAAGAUAAAAUGGUUAUGAGACUUAUUAUAGUCUAAUAAUUAUUUCUUAUUUUUUGACAAUCUUGUUUGAGUGCAUUAAAAUAUAACAGGUUUUUAAAGUUAGUUACGGUCUUCAAAGUACAUUACACCUGUCAGUGGCGAGAAAUAGCGGGCCAUCCAAGACUUCUGGUUUCUUAAAAGGAAUAGUUUUUGAAUCAUCAAUAACUUUUAUAAAUAAUCCAAGAUGAACGGCUCCGAAUCUGGGUUCAACCCAGCAUUCAAUAUUGCCACAAUAAAACAAGUGGUAAAUGAGGCAAUCGAGAGGGUCGCGCCGGUUUCAGUGCGCAUGCAAACCCCCACUCGCCUCCGGGAUCUCAUCCGUCAGAUACGUGCAGCUAGGACUGCUGCCGAGGAACGUAGCGUUGUGAACAAGGAGUGCGCAUACAUCAGAUCAACCUUCAGAGAGGAGGACAGCGUUUGGAGAUGUCGGAACAUAGCGAAGCUUCUCUACAUCCAUAUGCUGGGUUAUCCGGCACACUUUGGACAGCUGGAAUGUCUCAAGCUGAUAGCCAGCACUCGUUUCACGGACAAGAGGGUUGGUUAUCUAGGAGCUAUGCUUCUGCUCGACGAGCGUCAGGAUGUACAUCUGCUGAUUACCAACUGUUUGAAGAACGACCUGAACAGCAAUACACAAUUCGUAGUGGGCCUGGCGCUGUGUACCCUGGGCGCGAUCGCCUCGCCGGAGAUGGCUAGAGAUCUGGCCUCGGAGGUGGAGAGGCUGAUCAAGUCACCGAACGCCUACAUCAAGAAAAAGGCCGCGUUGUGCGCUUUCAGGAUAAUAAGAAGGGUGCCGGAUCUCAUGGAGAUGUUCCUGCCGGCUACUCGCAGCCUCCUCACGGAAAAGAAUCACGGAGUCCUCAUCACCGGAGUGACGCUCAUCACCGAGAUGUGCGAGAACAGCCCGGACACGCUAAACCACUUCAAGAAGGAGAGCGGACAGCGGGAGAUCGUACCGAAUCUGGUGAGGAUAUUGAAAAACCUGAUACUGGCGGGGUAUUCCCCGGAGCAUGACGUCAGCGGCGUGUCCGAUCCAUUCCUACAGGUCAAGAUCCUCCGUCUGCUGCGUAUACUCGGCAAGAACGACGCCGAGGCUUCCGAAGCUAUGAACGACAUAUUGGCGCAAGUGGCCACGAACACGGAGACGAGCAAAAACGUCGGCAACACCAUACUAUACGAAACUGUGCUCUCGAUCAUGGACAUUAAGUCUGAGAGUAGUUUGCGGGUGCUGGCCGUCAAUAUACUGGGGAGGUUUCUACUCAAUAACGAUAAGAAUAUUCGCUACGUGGCCUUGAACACACUCCUGAGGACCGUACACGUGGACACAUCGGCCGUCCAAAGGCACAGGACCACUAUAUUGGAGUGCUUGAAGGAUCCGGACGUGUCUAUUCGUCGCCGCGCCAUGGAGUUAUCGUUCGCCCUCAUCAACAGUCAGAACAUCCGGGCCAUGAUGAAGGAGUUGCUGUCGUUCCUGGAGCGCUCGGACGCCGAGUUCAAGGCGCACUGUUCCAGCGCCAUGGUGCUCGCCGCUGAGAAAUACGCGCCCUCCAGCAGGUGGCACCUGGACACGCUGUUCCAGGUGUUGCUAAAGGCCGGUAAUUAUCUCCGGGACGACACGGUGUCGAACACAAUCCAGAUAGUGUCGUCGGCGCCGAGCGAGCGCCAGGCCUACGCCGCUAUGAGGCUGUGGACUUCCCUGGAGCGCUCCGCGACCGCCGCCGACGCUACGGAGAGACAGCCGCUGGUUCAGGUUGCUGCAUGGACCAUCGGCGAAUAUGGAGAUAUGUUGGUCUCCGAAGCCAGUAACUCUAUAUCCAUGGUGGAUGACGACGGAGUUGACGACUUCAGCCGCCCGUCCGAAGAGUAUGUCAUCGAUAUAUACCAGAAGCUGUUGUGGUCCACACAGCUGUCCAUAACCACCAAGGAGUAUCUCCUGUUGUCGCUGGCCAAGCUGUCCACGAGAUUCACCACGCAACCGAGUCAGGAUAAAAUCCGUGUGAUAAUCGACACUUUCGGUUCACACAUUCACAUCGAGUUGCAACAGAGAGGGGUGGAACUGUCUCAACUAUACAAACAAUACGCCCAUUUGCGGCCGGCGUUGUUGGAACGGAUGCCGGCGAUGGAGGCGAACGUCGUCAGAGAAGACAAUGAUGAGGAGCUCGCGACGAACAUACAGACACACGAACAACCCGCGCACGAACAGGAUGCGCUGCUAGACCUCAUCAUUGGUUCGGAGCCUCUGUCGAACGGCGACGUGGAACACCCGCCGCAAGUUACUGGGAACAAUAACUCCAAUACUAAUGACAUUCUGGAUCUCCUCAGCGGUCUGGACCUGUCCAGCAGUACACCGGUCACCGUCUCCAAUAAUAACGUAUCGACGCCUCCUUCGCUCUUACUGGACGGUUUGUUCUCACCUCCGGCGCCUACAUCUCAAGAGACGGUGGUGAAAGCGUUGGAGCGGGGCGGCGUGGUGGUGGAGCUGCUGGUCUGUGGUGGUGACGGCAACGCGACCCUCACCAUGAAAGCGAGGUCGCACCAUCACACAACCAUCACAGACUUCCUCUUUCAGGCCGCCGUGCCCAGGACGUUCCGGUUGGACAUGAUGUCGCCAUCUGGGACGGUUCUGACACCGCAGGGGGAAAUCACUCAAGUCCUUAAAAUCACCAAUCCAUCCAAGACACCGCUACGUCUGAGAAUAAGGGUGUCCUACACGAUAGACGGCAACCCUAUCUUGGAGCAGGCGGAAGUGAACAGUUUCCCGCCUGAUCUGUUCAACUGACACACAUACACACACGCGCGCCUGUUAGCUAUGACCGGGACUCGAACGGACGAUAAAAACAAUGUAUUGUUAAGUUGAAGUGAAAACAUGGGUGAGGUGAGCUCUGGAAAGUCUGCGACUUGUUGGUUACAAUAAUACACAACCUCCCUUGACCUCUCACAGUUAGUAACAUAAUCUGGUCACAUGGUGUUGCCCGGUCAUAUCUCUCCUGGAUGAUUUCUGGCCUAAGUCAUAGAGGGUUGUAUUGAAUUAUAAGAAUCGGGUCAUGUCACACGGCAGCUUGUGGUUCAGCGCUACAUGUAAACUAAACGAUGUUACUAUCAAAAGUACUGAACUUAGUGUGUGUAACGUAGGUUAGCCGUCACUUAGAGAUUUAUUUAACAUUCCAAUUUGAUAUAAUUUGAUAAAAUAAGUCUAAAUUUAGUUUGGGGGCCCAAUAAUGUGUGAAUUUUGUCCGACACAUGCUGGAACGGAAUGCCUGGAUUGUAUAUUUUUUUAAUCAAUAUGAUUUAUUAAAAUUGCAAUGUAUAUAUUGUUUGCUGUUUUAUGCAUUCAUCUCACAGUGUAGAAAAUGAUCGUAUCACAGAGUUGAUCGCCCAAACUACCAUGUCCUUGAUAAUUUAUAAAUUGACAUUUAAUGUGAGAUGACGAUUAAAAAAUAAUAUAUUAUUUUGUAUGGAGUUAUAUGAGAUCCCUGUCCCGCUCUGUACAUAACGAACUGUAACAUAUGUAUAUGUAUAGUAAAUAACGGAAGAUGUAUUAUGUGGUUAUGUACUUAAUAAUAACAAUGAAACAAUAAGCUAUGCCGGUUUAAACUAAAUUGAGGAGUGUCAAAGCUCAGUCCCUGUUGUUCUGUCGCUACGUGUAGCUCAUACCUUUUAUUAAGACUAGACUUUAUUUUGAGAUUUCUUUAUAGCUUCUAUUCCAUCAUAUUCUAGUGUAGUGACGUUCCUGUAAGCGAUUAUAUAUUUUUAAUCUGUGACAAUGUAAAUAAUUUAAUGUCAUCACGAAGCAAUGUAAUGUUGAUACCCAUACUACUGUUUGGAAUGUCCUUAUUUAAUGUAAGCUAUUAGUUUACUAUAGUUUCCUAUUUAUGUUAGCCAUUAACCACGUUUUAUUACCUGUGCCACUUGGAUAUGGUCUCUGUUGACCUUGAUGUCAAGGACGGUACUCCGUGUGAUGAUCGGUUCAUUUGCUUUCUGUGCGUCAUAUCGGUGAGGUCUGGACGCUCUGGACAUAUCCUCAUAACGAACACGGUUUCACAAUGAAGAGCUUGGCAAAUAUCGCGACUUGGUGCUUGAGUAACAUAGUAUCUGAUCGGUGUAACGGCCCUCCACAGCGAGAUGUUGAGUUAUUGAACUAAAGCUAUGAGAUGUAAAUAAUGAUAAUGGUUUUAUGUAAAUUGGUUAAUAAAUAUUUGAGAAUGUUUAUAUAAUCAA